AUCCAUUUUCAGAUUCCCAAAGAUAACAAUGGAGAAAUCCGUGUUUCAACAACUCCUCCCCUCCCCCUCCCCCUCCCCUUCCCUCAUCCUCAUUUCAUUAUGAUGAUUCAAGCUCAAGCUCUAGCUCUCUAAUCCAAAUUCCAUUCUCUGCCUGAUUUCCCAAUCCUUAAGAAAUCAAAUCGCCGUUGAUGUCGUGUUGUAAAUUUGGAGGUUGCAUUGUUGGAUCAAUGGCGUCCACAUCUUCUCCGGCGCCGGCUUCUUUUCCGAUCGGAUACUCUGUUUCUAUAAGUUCGAGAUUUCGUUCUUCGCGAUCGAAUCCAUCGCCUUCGUUGAUCACCAAAUCGCGCCGAGCGUAUGUGCAUUUUCAGCCUCGAGCGUCGUAUAAAGUUACGAUCCUCGGAGCUGCCGGAGGGAUAGGCGAGCCGUUGUCGCUACUUGUCAAAAUGUUGCCGCUCGUCUCGACGCUCAACCUUUACGACAUCGCGAACGUUAAGGGUGUUGCCGCAGACCUCAGCCACUGCAAUACGCCGUCUCAAGUCGCGGACUUCACCGGAGAAUCCGAGCUCGGGAACAGCCUGAAAGGUGCGGACGUCGUCGUCAUUCCCGCCGGCGCUGCCCGAAAACCCGGGAUGACCCGUGACGAUCUUUUCAGCAUCAACGCCAACAUUGUAAAGGACAUGAUCGUCGCGGUCGCGGACAACUGUCCCGACGCGCUGAUCCACGUCCUCACAAACCCGAUAAACUCGACCGUCCCUGUCGCCGCCGAAAUCUUGAAGCGGAAAGGCGUCUACAAUCCAAAGAAGCUCUUCGGCGUCACGACGCUCGACGUCGUCCGGGCGAACACAUUCGUCGCACGCUGUAAAAGCCUCAGCCUAAUCGACGUGGAUGUUCCGGUCGUCGGUGGUCACGCUGAUAUUACGAUUUUGCCCCUGCUGUCAAAGGCGAGGCCUUCGGUCCCGUUCACCGACGAGGAAGUCCGGGAGCUGACGGCGGGGAUUCAAAAUGCCGGGACGGUGGUGGUCGAGGCGAAAGCGGGAUCCGGGUCCGGGUCCGCGACGCUUUCAACUGCGUACGCGGCGGCACGAUUUGUUGAGUCGUCGCUGCGUGGUCUCGAUGGGGAUUGUGAUGUUUACGAAUGCUCGUACGUCGAGUCGGAUGUGACGGAGCUGCCAUUCUUUGCGUCGAGGGUUAGGUUGGGACGGGGCGGCGUCGCAGCGGUGAUGUCGUCGGAGCUGGAAAGAUUGACGGAGUUUGAAGAGAAGGGUUUGGAAGCUCUGAAGCCUGAGCUGAAAGCCAGCAUUGAAAAGGGUGUGGCUUUUGGACAGAAGCAAUCGGCCGGCGGCGGCUGAAAUUUUGCUACGGCGGCCGGCCGGCGGACCGGCUGUGGAGUGCAUUAUAUAUAUUGAUAUAUGUAUAUGAUUAUAUAUGUACGUAUCCUCUGUUAUUCCAAGCCCUUUUUUGCAUUAAUGUUUCGACUAGAUUAAGGCUGUGAUUAGGGGUGGAAAUAUGCCACGCUGGUUUGACUCAGUUUGACCUAUUUAUUCAAAUCAUUUGCUUAUUUUAAAGAUUAUUUAAUUAA